CGAUCGUUGAUCCAUCGCGGCCCCUUACUUAAGGCUCAACUUUCCAUGGUCAUAGGAGUUGAUCACUGACAGAGACAGGGGUGGAGGCGACCCGUUCUGGAGCAGAGAACCAACAGGGAAAAUAUUAUAGACGAAGCAGGGGAGACGAGCUUUGAAGGGGGUCGCUUCCGUUCAGAGUCAUGAUGACCAAGGAAGGCUGAGCUUUAACUUACUAGACAAGAUUGCUAAGCGAUUAGAAGAGUUAGAACUAGAACCGGAAUCCCUGAGACGCGCGUCUUGUGAAAUCGCCCAAAUCUUUGAGACGACAGCAAUUAAGGCUUGUUACCGUGGUUACAACUUCUACCCUAAUUGUCUACCCUUGCUACCUACAAUUAAAUUGUAAUUCUUCAUCUCUCGAAUGUAUAAUACUAGACUACCCUAAUUGUAAUUCUUCAUCUCUCGAAUGUAUAAUAGAGGAAAUAAUUCUUCAUCUCUCUAGGUACAAUACGUAACCAACUACCCUAAUAAAUUUCAUCUCUAUAAUGUACAAUAGAGGACAAGAUCGCGCAUUCAACAUGAGUAUGCAUCCCCAUGCAAGGGAGAGGCUCGGGAUCCACCCUGUAGGGAAGAGGAACAAAAUGCCAAAAAUAGACUAAAUCUUGCGGGAUCCACCCUGUACUAGGGACCCGAGGAAGUACUCCCAAUCAUGCCAAGCUCUAAAGCAAUCGACUGUCGACAGGGUAGCAGUUUUUUGAUGCAGUGCCGGCUUUCCAAAGGUGCUUCGUAUUCAUAUCAGCUGGUCCAACCGGAAUUCUCUCGUGACGACCAACAACCCUUCAUGACGACAGAUCCUAGGGCUCAUGCUCAUGAACCUCGUCAAAGAACAUCGACUCCACCAGCUCAUGUUCAUGAAGCUGCUCAACAAAGGACUGAAGAGGCAAGGACGGACGAACGCGCAGCAGUAGAUCAGGGAGAUGAUUCUUCUCCUGAAAGAUUAGUUCAGAGGGAGGAGAGAGCGAGAAGGAAGGGAAGAGAAAGUGGCGAAGGG